AUGGCCAGGAAAUAUUUCGGUCUCUCCGGCCAGACCCUCAGCUGGGCAAUUGGAGCUGUCGCAGGAUGUGACUUUCUAUUGUUUGGUUACGAUCAGGGCGUCAUGGGUGGUAUUCUGACACUUCCCAUCUUCCUUGAUCAGUUCCCAGAUAUCAAUGACGCCGCCGAGGGUCUCUCACGGAGUGAAAAGUCCAACAGAUCCACCUACCAAGGCAUUGCCGUCGCCUCGUACAAUCUGGGCUGCUUCAUCGGCGCCAUUAUAACAAUCUUCGUCGGUAAUCCUCUUGGUCGUAGGCGCAUGGUCUUUCUCGGCACUGCUUUGAUGGUUAUAGGAGCUGCCCUCCAGGCCUCUGCUUUUACCCUCGAGCAUUUCAUCAUUGGCCGCACCAUUACGGGGCUAGGAAAUGGCGGAAAUACGUCAACUGUGCCCAUGUGGCAAUCUGAAACAUGUCCCGCUCACAAGCGAGGCAAACUCGUCAUGAUUGAGGGUGCCCUCAUUACUGGCGGAAUUAUGAUUUCAUACUGGGUUGACCUGGGUCUGUCCUUUGCCCCCGGCUCUGUAGCUUGGCGUUUCCCGCUGGGUUUCCAAAUCGUCUUUUGCCUCUUUAUUCUUGCCUUCGUUCUUGGUCUGCCUGAGUCUCCACGAUGGCUCAUCCUCAAAGGUCGAGACGAAGAAGCCUGCGAUGUGAUUGCAGCCGUAGCCGAUGUUGACAACGACCAUGAGUAUGUGGCCAACGAAUUUCGUGCCAUCAAAGAGACCGUGGCCGAGAUGAGCCAGGGACGGUGCGCUGAUUUGUUUGCCCCCGACAAAAGCCGUGCCCUCCACCGUACCAUCAUUGCCUACGCCAGCCAGAUGUUCCAGCAGAUUUCCGGCAUCAACCUCAUCACCUACUAUGCCGCUACGAUUUACAAGGGGUUGGGAAUGUCGCCCUUUAUGUCUCGCCUGCUCGCUGCCUUGAAUGGCACUGAGUACUUUAUCGCAUCCUGGCCUGCCGUAUUCCUUGUGGAUCGAGCCGGCCGUCGCAAGCUCAUGUUGUUUGGCGCUGUUGGUCAAGCAGCAACUAUGUCGAUUCUUGCUGGUGUUGGUUCUCAGAGCGAUAGUAAGGCUUGUCAAAUAGCGAGCAUUGUCUUUCUUUUUGUCUUCAACAGCUUCUUUGCUAUCGGUUGGCUUGGAAUUCCAUGGUUAUACCCAGCUGAGAUCACAUCGUUGCGAACUCGCGCUCCGGCCAGUGCUUUUUCUACCUCUUCCAAUUGGAUUUUCAACUUUUUGGUCGUCAUGAUUACCCCGGUUGCCUUCACCAACAUCCGACAUCACACCUACACCGUCUUCGCCAUAAUCAACGCUGCCAUAGUUCCUUCGGUUUAUUUCUUCUUCCCCGAGACUGCUUACAGAUCGCUGGAAGAAAUGGACAGCAUCUUCCAAAAGGUGCACGGUUGGGAGGGCGCCUUUGACGUGGUGCAUCAGGCCAAAAUCGAGCCCCGUCGGUAUGGCAAAAAUGGAGAGCUUCUCGUCGUCCUCGUCGAGGACGUCGAGGACGGGGAAAAAGCAAAUGCUGCUUAG